AAAUAUUUCUGCGAACCACCAAAAUUUUCUCACAGACCACCAGUUGGUGACCGUUGGACUAGAAAUCUGGAAUAAAAAAAAUAUUCUGGAAGAAGGCUAUAGCAAAACUGUUUCAUUAAUACUUCCAUGAAAAAUACACAAGAGUUCAAACUUCACUUAAGGGCCUCUUUGUCUUAUGAUAGCAUGAGAAGCUAGAAAAAUGGUUCAGGUGACUAAACCAUGGCUAACUAUGGUUCGGGAUGGUAAAUGAAUAAAGGCUGAGGGAUCAACAGAAAGGAAUUGUGCUAUAUAUUUUAGUAUAACAGAGUUGGAAGGGACCUUGGCGGUCUUCCGGUCCAACCCCUUGCUUAGGCAGGAAACCCUACACCACUUCAGACAAUGGUUAUCCAACAUCUUUUAAAAAUCUUCCAGUGUUGGAGCAUUCACAACUUCUGCAGGCAAGUUGUUCCACUGAUUAAUUGUUCUAACUGUCAGGAAAUUUCUCCUUAGUUCUAAGUUGCUUCUGUCCUUGAUUAGUUUCCAUCUAUUGUUUCUUGUCCUGCCCUCAGGUGCUUUGGAGAAUAUUUGACUCUCUCUUCUUUGUGGCAACCCCUGAGAUAUUGGAACACUUCUAUCAUGUCUCCUCUAGUCCUUCUUUUCAUUAAAUUAGACAUACCCAGUUCCAGCAACUGUUCUUCAUAUGUUUUAGCCUCCAAUCCCUGGUGGUGAAGGUGCCUUGGAACGAGUUUUCUAGCUUUGCUGGCUGAGGAAUUCUGGGAGUUGAAGUCCACAAGUCUUAAAGUUGCCAAAGUUGGAGACCCCUGUUCUAGCAUGCAAUUAUUUUGGAGAGACAGUGGGAAGGCUGAGAAAAGAAUGGAAGGGAGAAUAGAUACAAACAGACACAGAGGAUGAUUUUGUUGGCAGCUUAUCUCAUAAACAGCAACACAGCCCAGCUGGCAAGAAAUCCUGGAAGAAGCUUUUCAAAUCAUUUCAUCACACACUAUAAAUGAACAGUGGAAAUUCCACUUUGCUUCCAAGAUAUAAUAUUUACACGAGGCUGGCAUUAAGGGUGCCUUACUGAAAUCUGUGCCGUUCUUGCUCCCUCGAUCUUGUCCAACUAAGUGAGACUGACACACGCAUGCACAUUCAUUUGCAAAAUGCUGUUAGAGAACUAGAAAUUGGUACUUUUUUUAUAUAUAUAUAACUCUCCUACACUUCGUUUGCUUUACCCUUUUGAAUGCCUUUGGAAACCCUUGGAACUUUCUAUAUAGGCUUAGACACCAUGGACCGUACUUGUGCUGAAAGAUGCACAGAACUGUAUAGCUAAGGGCAAUGUUUAUGGUUUGUGGUAUCAAUCAGAUAAAGUUGAUUGAAAAUGUGGUUGUCAUUGAAGCUCUGGCGUCAUUUUGAAUUUUGGAGUGCUGUCUAAGCCCAGACCAACAUCCCAAGCCUUAAAGAUGGUUAGAACUCUUAACUUGCUGAAAUACUUGCAGGAAAAAUAACAGGACUCAACCUAGAACAUGGAAGUAAAAUUCAUCCAGAAUUAAUAAGCCUAGAAAGAAUACAUAAUAAUUUUAAAUAAUUAAUAAGCCUAGAAAGAAUACAUAAUAAUUUUAAACAAUUUUCCUCCACAGGAAAAGGUUGCCUUUAAGUGUUAUGUAAUUUAGGUAAUUUGUUCAGGAGAAGGGAUGCAGUGGCUCAAUGGCUAAGACGCUGAGCUUGUCAGUCGAAAGGUCGGCAGUUCAGCGGUUCGAAUCCCUAGUGCCACGUAACGGGGUGAGCUCCCGUUACUUGUCCCAGCUUCUGCCAACCUAGUAGUUUGAAAGCAUGUAAAAAAUGCAAGUAGAAAAACAGGGACCACCUUUAGUGGGAAGGUAACAGCGUUCCAUGCUCCUUUGGCAUUUAGUCACACCGGCCACAAGACCACGGAGACGUCUUCGGACAGCGCUGGCUCUUCGGCUUUGAAACGGAGAUGAGCACCACUCCCUAGAGUCACAAACGACUAACACUUAUCACAAGGGGAACCUUUACCUUUACUAAUUUGUUCAGGAAGUGUUACCCGUCUGGUUGAAUCUAAAACCUCAUGCUCAGCGCAUCGUGGAUGGAUGUGGCUUUUAUCCCCAUUGAAACCAAACUGACUAGGAGAGAGCUUCACUCACCAGCUUGUUUUGAAUCUAUUGUUCCCUUGCUUUAGAAGCCUUAAUUCAGGUCAUUAUGAUUUACAAUUAUUCAGUGUUAAAAGGUAAGCACGCUGCAGAUUUACCUGCAUGGCCUUUUGCCAUUAAAGACUGAAGACUUGGCAAUGGGGGGGAAAAAACUGGAUGAGGAGUAUUGCAUGCUGGAUCCAAUUAAGCACCUGCAAACUCUUUUGCUUCCUUUGCCCCAUGACCUCCAAACUGCUGCUUGCAGUAUCCAAAAUCGGGGUCAAAUGAAAGAAACUCAUCUCCAAUCAAAGGACAGUUUUGAAAUAUUUCCAGUGGAAUUUAAGGCAGUCUGCACACCAGCCUGUUCUGGUGAAACGAGCUGAAAGGAUGGGAAAUGCCUUGAUUGGUCCCAGAUUGCCUGUUUUUGCAAGGCGGAUAAUGGCUUCAGUGGGGAUAGGAAAAUUCAGCCAAAAGAGCUACGUUUUCUUCCAACUCUGCAGAUUACUUUCUCUCUCUCUCUUUUUUCUUUUUCUUUUCUUUUCUGUUCUGGUUUCUCUGCUCAACCAUUCCCCCCGCCCCCCGAUCUCAGUUUUACCAGGCAUGGUACCCAUACAACAUUUGAUGAUUGGAAAUUGCCCAACUGUUGCUUUUUUGAUGCGAAAGCCAGAUGAAACUUCUUCUGUAAACAAGCAAGAGGCCCUUAAACUCUGAACUGCAAAGAAAGAACCAGGGGUGCCUUUCGAAGACCAUAGAAAACGUCAGCUCCAUGGAGCAUUUAUAAUAAUCUUUGUCUGAGCAAGCCCAGAAGGUUUUAUCCUUCACCAAACCAGGGUCUUGUGCUGGAAGGGAAUCUAAGAUGAAUUUAUGGGAUAUGAUGACUGUCUGCGUGGUGCUACUCAACUCGAUCUCGACCUUUCCGCUUCCCGCUGGUAAGAGACCUCCUGAAAAGGCCCGCUCAGUGCUAGGAAGAGCUGAAGAAGACCACACUACCAGCAGGCUGCUGAAUCCCUACGCUGGCCAAAUGGAUUCUAAUAUGCCUGUGGAUUAUCCCAGCCAACUUGAGGAUGUGAUGGAUUUUAUUCAAACCACUUUAAAAAGACUGAAGAGGUCACCAGAUAAACCACGUUUCUCCAAACGGGAAAGAAACCGGCAAAAUGCAGGAAGGAACAAUAAUUCCAACAAGAAAGGACGGAGAGCUCAAAGGCUUAAAUCUCGGGAUUGUGUCUUAAGUGAGAUCCACUUAAAUGUGACUGACCUGGGUUUGGGAUACACUACCAAAGAAGAAUUAAUUUUCCGUUAUUGUAGUGGUUCGUGCGAGACUGCUGUAACCCUGUAUGACCAAAUUUUAAACAAUUUAACCCAAAAUAAAAAGUUGGUCAGUGACAAAAUCAGGCCACAGCCUUGUUGCAGACCCAUUGCUUAUGAUGAUGACCUUUCGUUUUUGGACGAUGACCUAUCAACUUAUCACAUACUGAGGAAACAUUCCGCUAAAAAGUGUGGGUGCAUUUGAUGUCCUUGUGUGUUUGGACAUGGCUAUGAUAUUGCAUUCCUGCUACAAUGGGCGAAGAAGGGGACCAAGGCUCCUGAGGAAAGAAAAGGUUGGCUUCAAAAGAAGGAAGAGGACCAAGCAUACAGGAGAACAACAGCUGUGGGAGCCUGGUUGAUGGAUAUCCAGCACAGGAUAAUUGGUGAAGCGACAACAUGAUGGAGCUUUUGGUUUCUACAGGAAGGCAAAUAGACAUCAGUGCUCAGGGGUUGAGAUCCAGGAUGAAUGGGAAUUACUUUACACCAUUGGUUAUGAAGUGAUCCACCACUGGCAAAACUUGGCCAAACAGGUGCUUAUCAACACAAGCUCCCUUCCUUCUUUGUUUUCUCCCCCCCCCCCACUCCAAAAUGGAAGUUAAACUAAUGAUCACAGGCCUUCAUCCCAAUCUGGAGGCAUAAUCUGUCUUUCAUAUUGAGAAGAAUGUAUUUUAUGAUCAGAUGCAGGAGCUUCUGGGUGGGGGGGGGCAGAAUCAACAAUGUCAGAGUGGCCACCAUGAUCAGAUGACUGGCGUUCCAACCCUUUUUAAAUGUGUCUGUUGCAUGUUAAAAAGGAACGAUGCUUUGGUUACCCAGCCAUAUCUACGAUUUUGGUCUUCUUGACCUCAUCCCCCAUAGAUACCCCUGAUCCAAACCUUCCUUAAGCUUGCAUCCUCCAGUUAAUAUAGACUGGGUUUCCAGAAUUCUUCAUAAUGGCCAUACUGGCUGAAGUAUUCUGAAAACUGAGUGAGCAAUCCUGAAGAAUUUAUCGGGAUAUUUGAGAUGCAAGAGUGGAAUAUAUAGAAAUGUUAUAAUGGAUAAAACACACUUGAUGAAAGGAGGAAAUUAUCCUAGCAGAAUUCUCCGUUCAUAGAAAUCGCUGACUAAACUUGUCCAGCUUGAGAACUGACAGUUCCCAACAAUUCACUCAGCACUUUUUUUGAUACUUGUUUAUGGAAAACCUAGCAAUCGUAGACCUUUGUCUUCCAUUGCUAAUAAUCUCUUUCAGAAAUCCUUCACAGAAUUCUAAGCUUGAAAUUCUGCCCUUGAUUUACAGACCACUUAGCUAAAUUGUACAUCACAACAUCCCUCUGUAAAGACAUUACAACAUCCCUCUGUAAAGACAUUAACAAGCUUCUUCUCCUGUGCCUUAUGAAUAAUGCAGAAUUAUUCUACCCAUACCAAUCCGUCAGAAAGGAAACUCGCAACAGAGUCCUCCGGUUACAAAGCUUCAAGUAGAGUUACGUAUACAGGUAAUCCUUGACUUACAACAGUUCAUUUAGUGACCACUCAAAGGUACAACGGCAUUGAAAAAAGCGGCUUAGGACCGUUUUUCACACUUACAACUUUUGCAGCAUCCCCAUGCUCAUGUGAUCAAAAUUCAGAUGCUUGAUGACUGAGUUAGUUAUCAAGUUAUUUAUGACAGUUGCAGUAUACCCGUGGUCAUGGGAUCAGCUUUUGCCAACCUUCUAACAAGCAAAGUCAAUGGGGAAAUGUCAAGGUUCCAGAAAUUCCUCUUCUGCGUUCAGAAAAAAGACUCAGAAGCAUUCUUUCUUUUUCUCAGAGUCCUUUACUAGCAUGAGGAGACUGGCACACGAUGAGUGCAAUUCCCAAAACUGAAGUUCCGGAUUCGUUUCCCCAGUUAUACAAACCCCAAUAGUCCCACCCCCCUGACCCCUCGGAUGAUCACACGGCCCCACGUUCCUCCAGUUCAUUCGAGGAACUUCUUGCCACUCUUCCUGCAGACGUGAACACCAUCCGACCUUGAGCCGUUGAAGAAUACUACCCUAUCCCUCAACCCCCCCUCCUCCCCUCAGGAUAAAAAUGUGGCAGCGUCUGGAAACCUAAAGUUUAAUAUGGUUUCCAGGCCUGACAGGAAGCAAGAUUCACUUAACAACCAUGUUACUAACUUAGCAGCUGCAACAAUUCACUUAACCACUGUGGCAAGAAAAGUCAUAAAAUGGGGCAAACUCUCUUAACAAAUGUUUCCCUUAGCAGCGUGAAUGUUGGGUUCCGUUGUGGUCUUACUUCGAGGACUAGCUGUAAAUCGAAAGCACUUCCAUAGUUUUAUAUACAGGUAGCCCCUCAAUUAACAAUCACUCAUGUGCCAACCGUUUGAAGUUAUUGGCCCUGAAAAGGGGGAUUUACAAAUGGUCCUCACACUUACAACCAUUGCAGUAUCCACCAUGAUCAUGCUUGGCAACUGGCAUGUACUGUAUUUACAAAAGUGAUGGCUGAAGCCGAAUUCACUUAAUCGUGUGAUUCACUUAAUAACUGGAGUAAUUUGCUUAACAACCGUGACAGAAAAGGUUGUAAAAUCGAGUGGGGCUCACUAAACAAUCAUCUUGCUUAGCAACAGAACUUCGGUUGUUCUCGAUGGUGUACGUAAGUCAAGGAGUACCUGUAUGGCAAAGAAAUCAAGCUCAACUUUUAAUUCUAUUGCUAAAUUCUAAACAAAUGAUUAUGAAAAAGGAUGGAGGAUUUCUGAAAGCUAACUAAUUUAGAAUGUAACCGAAAAAGGAUUAACGUUGGAGGGAGAGAGAUGUUACCCUUUCUGUUUCCCAACAUAGCAGGCUGUGUUUUUAAUCACCUGUCUAGCAAAAUGCCAUUUUUAAAAAUGUGGAUCUUUUUUAUUGGUUUAAAGAAGGACUAAGGUCACUUACUUAAUGAACUACAUUUUUAUUUGCAGUCAUCGUGAGUGAAGAGAAAGACUACUUGAUGCAAUGCAUCCUGUUUAAAGUCAAAUCUAGAGAAAAUAUUUAUUGAGAUUUUAAGUUAUUAUUAUUAUUAUUUAUUACGGUUCAGACACGAGUUUCAGUUUCAUUAUUUAUUAAAGCUUCUUUCUUUAAAGAGGUGCCAAAGUUACAAUGGGAUAGUGAUGCUGGGAUCAAGGUAUAUAGUUUUUCUUUUUUUUAAAAAAGAAGUAUUAAGAAUUAAUAUUGGGAAUGCAAACUGUUGUUGUUGUUUUAAAAAAAAAUCACUUACUUUACCAUUUGAAAAAAAAUCAUGGAAGCCCAGUUGGAUAGUAUUUCAUCAUACUCAUUGCAAUAUGCUUUAUCAUUGAUCUUCUUUAACUAGUUGAAAGUUUGAAGAUUCCCUAACUUCUGACAGUGCUGUUGGGAAGGGUUGAAGUCACAGGAGAUAUCAUACUUUAUUACCUUUGAUGUGGGGGAGAGGCAAAGUAUCAUAAAGACCAGAAAAUAUCAAGAAUAUUCUAAUAGCUGAAUAUCCUGUCAGAGGUUAAUGGGUUUAAUUUUGAGAUGUCUCUUCCUUGGCCUCAUUCAGCGUAGAGAAGUGAUUGGAGGCCAUCAAAGAUGAGCUAUUUCAAAUAAUAACUUAGUGAUGGCUUUCAAACAACUGAUAUAUAUUCAUUUUGAAGACCAUUAUCUCCAAUAAGAAGCCACUGGGUCAACUGAUGCAAACUGUUGUAUGCAGCAGAUCAGAGUUUCCCAACCUUGGCAACUUUAAGACUUGUGGACUUCAACUCCCAAAAUUCCCUAGCCAGCAUGGCUGGCUGAGGAAUUCUGGGAGUUGAAGUCCAUCUUUCUUAAAGCUGCUAAGUUGGGAAGCACCGCAGCAGAUGAACAUCUGCAUGCACGCAUACAUUUUUAAUACGAUGGUCUUUUAAAUUAUCUGAAGUGCAUUUCAGUGGAAAUCUGCAUACAAAUUGUUGGAUGCCCAAGCUUCUAUUGUUUGACAUAACCCCUAAAAUAGCAACUAUAAAUAGCAACUAUUUGAAAGGAACUUAGAGGUGAGGCAAACCCAUUGCAGCAAAGGCUUAGUCACUGGUCACUUAGACCAGGGGUCUCCAACCUUGGCAACUUUAAGCCUGGUGGACUUCAACUUCCAGAAAGCCCCAGCCAGCAAAGCUGGCUGGGGCAUUCUGGGAGUUGAAGUCCUCCAGGCUUAAAGUUGCCAAGGUUGGAGACCCCUGACUUAGACAACAAAGUUAAGCAUUUGUUUAACGCCAUCUCAAUGAAGUGAACAAUAUUUGCUAGUGCCCAAUUUGGCGACUCUUAAUUUUCUGCUUCAGAUGGAACAUAAUGUUUUUUGGGAUGCUUAUAGCAAAACCCUUCUCCUAAGAAACAUUUUACAUCCUUGCAUAACAUUGAUCAAGACCAUCCUACAUCUGGAAAGAUAUUCGUACUAUCUGAACAUUUCACCCAUUAUGAAAAAACUAGUUAAUAACAGUAUUUCUGUAGUCUUUGGCAGAUAUUAGUUCCUAGUAUUGGUCUUAAUCUGCUAAAAACGUUAUUUAAAUACACCUAGGAAUUUAAUCAAUAUUUGUAAUGGAGCUCUCCUUGUUUUUAAGCAAAAGCAUGGGGGGGGGAAAUUAAAUUGUGAAAAUUUUAGAGUACUUAUUACCGUUUUAUUACAAUAGUUCAUAAUAAGCCAGGUCAUUUUGUCCUGUCUUUUUAUUCUGACUGACAAAAGAGUGUUAUCUCCCGGGGUUCAUAUCUAAUGUUCUUAAAGCAGAGAUCCCAGGAAAUGAAAAUGAAGAUCUUACAUGUUUGAAGCUGGUUUGCUAUUUCUGCUGCUACUGCCUACCAUAUUACUACUGAGAGAUAUAAUCGUCCCAAACAUGCUUUUUCAAGGGCAGCGGGACUUUGUCUUUCCUUGAAGACGUUUCGCUUUUCAUCCAAGAAGCUUCCUCAGUUCUGAAGUGCAAUGUUUGAGAACUAAAGAAGCUGCUUGGGUGAGAAGCGAAACAUCUUCAAGGAAAAACAAAGUCCAGUUUCCCUUUGAAAAAGCACCUUUGGGACAACCAUGACCUGGAUGACUGAGGAUCUCCAUAGACAUACUGAGAUAUAGGAACUUUUCCUGAAUCUUAAUAUAUUCUUGAAUGAAGCUUUCCAUUCUUCCUGCCACAUCUUUAUUUUUUCAUGUAAUAUAUUAUCUGAUAGGAUGAUAACUUGUGGCUUCUUGGGACACAUAACUUUAUGCUCACCAUUUCCUACUUGAGCCAUCUGCCAAUCCCACCUUCAUACAAUUGGACUAUGGAGCCAAGGAAGACCUGUGUCUCAACAUAUACAGUUUACCAAGGUGAGAUGGCUAGGAACUUCCACAAUCUCCCUCUUAAGUUAAUUCUGCCAUGUGGAGACAAUCCAAAAGAGAAAUUCCUCCAGUCCUACAGUGUUCAGAGGUUUCUUCCAAGAAAAAGGAGAGCCAGUGUCUUUGAACUCUCUGGUAGAAAUUCAACAACAACUACUUUGAUGUAACAGGUAGAAUAUUUAUUGGAGUUGCAACACCAUGACCCAUAGAAAAUAAUUAAUGUGGAAUUUGAAAAAUACCCCUCAGCAUUUGAUAAGAUAAAGACCAAAGAGAAAAGAAAGCCAUAUUAUCUCAUUCUGCCAAAAACUACAGAGCACAUGUGGAUUAUAUAAUAAUGAAAAAAAUAAAAACACACUCAACGCCAAUUAAUCCAUAAUCAAAGUUUUAUGAAAAUGUAGCCUUAUUCUUUCACACCAGAAAGCAGAAGAAUUUAUGUCCCUGUUCAUUUGCCUGCAGAGAUGUCCUUAAGGUGGCAGCCACAAUAGUGGGUUCCAAGUCCCACCUGUUUUUUAUGCAUGUCAUGUGUGCACAUAAAAAUACAGGUGACACUUUGAUUACAUUAUCAUGGAUGCUGUUGAAACUUUGACUAAACCUGCAAAUGCUAUGUUUUUCAUGUCUGAUUCUGCUACCAUUGCUAAUGUACAACAGACAUGGGACCACUAUAAUUUCCAUCCAAAUAUUUUAACUGCAAUUCCUAUCUCUUUUUGACUCUCUUUUUUUUUUUUUUUUUUUUGUGCGGUUGGUCUCCAAUAAACAUAAGCGACUGUAAUCCAGAGAACAGACUGUAUGUCAUAUCCCAGGCUAUAACUCUACUCUUAUUAACACUGAAUAUAAGUUUUCUGAAAUCAAUGGAACAUCAAAUUAGUAUUCCGCAGAAAUGAAAUAGAUUUAACUUCAAGUAAUUUCAUUGGAGUGAGUAUCUGAGAAUUAUUUUUAAAAAUAAUUCCAAGCACUUCGUUUUUGGAAAUGUCGAUAAGUAAUUUUGCUGUGCUGAGCAUACACUUCAUUCAUGCGGCCUUUGCAUCUGAGAAAUAUCUAUUGCAAGAAUGGGAUCUGAGCGGGAUUUAAGCCAACAGUUCAGUAUAUCUCUGUCAUCAAGAAUGUGUUCCAUUCAUUUGGGAAAAGGUUUCUAAAGCUUCCAGCAAAAUAUUUUGAUUUUGUCCUAGGGAUGUUGACCUUUCUGUGGAUUACAUCUUACGUGCCUGCCUAAUGCUUGUCUUGAAGCCACUUUUUAUCCUGUUGCUACAGAAAUUUGCGCGGCUAUAGUUAUCCAUGUUCAUUUUAGAGAUAUAUUCUGCUGUGUUCAGCAGCAUUCCCAAUUAAAAUGAAAAGGAACAUACCCCUAGUUUUAAUUGUUUAAAAGGACUGUACCUGCUUCAAAAAGGAUUCAAACGUUUUACACAAGCUUGACAGCUCUCUCUUUUGUUAAAAAGCUCCCACCCACCCCCAAAAGCAGGCCUCUAGAACAGGUGUGUCAAACUGGCAGUCCAUGGGCUGGAUGUGUCAUGUGCAGGCCACGCCCACCCCAGCUCCGUGAAUGGGAAAACCAUCGCAAAAUGUCACGUGACGCCAAUGUGACACAGCGAGUUUGACACCCAUGCUCUAGAACAAUCUCACUGCUUUAAAGAGUUGACAUAUGAGAUUCUUAAAGCAGCUGUAACUUUCUUCAAGUUCAGGUAGUAACCUGAACAACUGUGAGCUGCCUUACUGUCUAGCAAAGAGUUCUGCAUUCACACUUGUGCAAAUGUGCACAAAGGACUUCUCUGAUAUACUUUUUGAAGCAUUCAUAUUCCUAUAGGUUAGCAUAGAAGAAGGCAGACUAGGACCAUCCAGAUAUUUUGAGUUACAAGUUUCCAGGUCUUUUGCUAUCAGCCAUGCUGGUGAGGAUAAAGAAUCAUUGGAGUUGAAACUAUCAAGCUACGGUAACAUAGCCAGCUGUUGCUACCCUAUAUUUCCACGUAUAAAUAGAUAUUAACAGCAUUGAUGCCUAUCUACUCAGAAGUAAAGCUGAUUGCUUUCAAUAGGACUUACUCCAGAGAGCAACCUAAGACUCUUUCAGCUAGAAUUAUUGUCACAUUUACUUCCAGUUUUAAUUUCCUUUCCAGUGAAUCUUUCAUGUGUCCUGUAAAUCUGGCUUUCAUAGAGUGGAUUUAAACAUUUGUUUAAUAUUCCCACUGAAACAAAAGGAAUUUCACUGGAUUUUUAUCCAAAAGGGGGUGGGGGAAAUGAUGAAGGAAUAGUGAUAGAAUGGUCACAUGACAGGAUACAAGACUGCACGAAAGUUUAUCCUUUAAUGAAUUUCUACAAUCUGAAUCUUACCGUGGACAGAAUAUUACCAGAUAGGCUGUAUUACAAACCACCAGUCUGUUAAAUCUUGAUUACUUCUGGCAAGACAGGACCAACUGCAGUUUCACAUCUUGUAUUAAGCCAUAAUGUACUAAAUGUUUUAUUUUUGGCUUUUGUGAAGCUAUCUAACUGCUGUGUCGAAACCAUGGUUUAUGGUUUAGUGCAAUGCAUGAAUCUCAUACUGUUCCCUGUAAGAUAAAUCAGCAAGACAUAAAUUUGACUGGUAUGCCUUCUGGACAAUUAGUUGUCAUGUUUAGGAUAUGUUGUAGAGUAGUUACAUGACUGGUUUAUCCUUAAUCAUAAGAUGGUACUAUGUGGUCAUCAAUUGGAAAAAUCUAAUGGAUUUGGCGAUGUAAGAACAUCAUGGUUCUUAUUCAAGUUUUUCUGUAUGCAUGAGUAUAGUUAUCUUUUCAGACAGCGAAGCCUGCAGAAGGCAAAAUGAUACCCUCAAAAUAUUCAUCCAAACCAACCAGGGAGAGCAGGUUCCAUGUCUUCUCAUGAAGCAUCCAAGCACCUUUACAGAAAUCAGUUUGGCCUUUGCUGUGAGCCUCUUUCAGCAACCAGUAGCUUUCCCUGUUUUACCCUUUAAUGGCAGCCUAAUGCUAACAAACCAAAAAGGUAAAGUUUGUGAUUUUUUCCCACUCUGGAAAUAAGAAUUGGGGAAAAAAAUAAAAAUAAAACAGUUGUUAUUAUUGGGGAUUUCUACUUCACCUCCAAUCGACGUCUCAGCCGUUUGUGUUAAGCAAAGUUCUCUACAGACUUUAUUUUUGUACAAUAUGCAUUUUAUAAACUUUUUAUGAAAUAAAGCU